AUGGACGCCUACCACAACGCCGACUGGCCCGAAUGCUACGACCUCUGGGUCCGCCAUCUGUUUGGAGCUGGUCCCUCCGAAGACGUGCCAAUCUUUCGCCGAGUCCUGCAAGAUGUCCUCCGCAACAGAGUCCAAAACGAGCCUCCGCAAUCGUCCGCCAAGCCGCAGUAUCUCAAUAUCGUCGACAUCGGCACCGGAACAGGCCGCGUCCUCUGCGACCUCUUUGACUUCAUCAGUAACCCCGACACGCUUCCGAACCUGGAGACCUCUAUAGCUACGUCUGAACUCGGCUUCAGGCUCUGGGGCACCGAGCCAUCAGCCACGAUGCUCGCGCGCGCCAACGCUCUUGUGACUGCGCACUGCCAGAAACCCAGCGAUGACCCUCCGCGUCCUAAGAGGACACGCGCACCGCCGUUCCAGCUAGGCUGGUGCCGAUGCUCCGCUGUGGAUUUCUCUAGCACUAUGAGGCAAACCUUUGGUUUUAGGGAUGAAGAUCCUGCCCUCCCCGGCUUCGCGGAUCUGAUCAUCUUCGCUGCGGGAGGGUCAGGUCAUCUUGUCUCCCCGGAUGACGUUCGGAACUUUCUGAUUGAGGUCGCCGAUGCGCUCAAGCCGGGGCAUGGUAGGGCGGUCGUUAGCGUCUUGCGGGAGCUUCUGCCAGCGGGUGAAACCCAGAACAGUGAAGCAGCUGUUGAGGUGAUUGGGAAUGCGGAUGCCUUGGACGCUACUGCGCUCGCCAAACCGUCGGAGAAGCCGGACAAGGUUGAUCAGCUGUUCCGCGUCCGCUCCAUUGACAGUCCUGACCAGGUCUUUGUCAAACACCCUCCCACCGAGCGCUGGGAUGGUGAUGUGCGCACGGACUCGUUCAUCUUGGACGUCGAGGAUCUCGAGGGAAGAGUGCUCCGUACACAUAAUCUGGAGUGGAAAUCGAGAAGAUUUGAUCCGGAUACCUGGAAUGAAGCCGUGCGGGAUGCUGUUUUGGAGGUUGCGGAGAUCAUUGAUGGAGAGAUUCAGCUUUGGUACGUGUUGAGAAGAAAUGCCCCUCUCGAAGCAUGA